AUCCUAUGGAUUCUGGUCCUGCUCAUUUAAAUCCUCAGAUUUUCAAUGGUCCAGAAAGCAUGGCUCUACAUGAAGCUCCUGGUCGUCAGUUUGCUGGAAAUAUGAUGCGACCUCCAUUUCACCACCCUAAUGGUGGACUGACAGGGUUUGAUCUCCCUGUUCACCAUCCUAUGCUGCAGCAGAUGCAGAUGGCUGGAAAUAGCCCUCCUCGUCUGCUACAUGACCGUCUAAGGGGUGCACAGGUUCUUUCACAUCUCAGUAAUCAAGCAGCUAGCAUUAUGCAGGAAGUUAACAGAAUUCAAGCAUUCCCUUUUGCGCCACACCAAGUCAACAUUAGUGGACAAACUGUGCAAAUGCCAGCUCCAGAUAUCAACACCAGAAACAUUCAUCCUGAGGCCAUGCAAAGGCUUGUUGAGAGGCAACUUGGGGCUUCUAAGCAGAUCCACCCUUUUGCUGCUGGCAAUGUCCAGGGGAUGCACGGCCACGAGCUUGACAUGGGAUUGCGAUAUAGAUAGUUGAUGAUGGAAACUCAUGUUCAUUGCAACGUUCUGCAACUGGGUACAAUGUGGUUUUUUUUUUGUUUGGUGAUAACCGAGAAUCCACUGUUUACAGCUUCGAAACUCGUUGGAUAAUGGGUCGGUUCCCUACCCCUUCAACACUUAAAUUGCAUAAUUUUUUUUUUUUCAAACAAGAAUCGGACCUGUGAGGUGCGCCUGCGACGCAUCCCAUGAUGUACUACCUAUACCGUUGCACCAACGCCCUUGGGCGCAAUUGGGUACCAUGUUCGCCUUUCACUUUUUUUUGGUUGAGGGCUUGGUAUAAACUCCUGGGAAGUGGUGUAAUUUUAGAUUUUAUUUUCUUGUACUUGGUAUGUUUCUCAUCUUGACAACAGUUUAAUAGUGGACGAAAAAGGGGCUCUAUCCUCUAUAUCAAUAUUUCUGAUUCUUGUGCA